AAAAAAAAAAGACCGAAAUGUCCGAAAUGCUGGGCAGUAGUAAAACAUAGAUUCAUUUCCCCCUCUUUGAUUUUCCACUUUUUGACAAAUGGGAAAUGGAAUAGAGCCAAGCCAAUGAAGAAGCUGUAAUGCAAAAUAAAGUAAACAAGAAGGGCAAACAAAAUCCAAAAUUGACUCAUUUGAAGGGUUGAGGCAGCAUCAGCAUCAGCCUCAGCCAAAGCCAAAGCCAAAGCCAAAGCCAAGCCAUCAAAUUAAAGCCUCUUCCAAGAACUCAAUCAUGGAGAAGGAGGACCCAUCUUCUUCUUUUAUCUGUUUGUUCUCUCAAAAUCUCAUCCUCUCAUAAACCCCAAUUAAGUCCACACAGAGGAACCCACCUUCUUUCUUGGGUCCUCCCCCACCCCAUCCCCACACCCAGACAUGGCAGACCAUAACAACAACAACAACAACAACAACAAACCAUCAGUUGCAGCAGCUUCAUCAACUCCAAUUACACCAUCCUCAGAUAUCAAAGACUUCAGUAUCAUUAUUUCUAACAAAGAUCAAAACAACAACAACAACAAACAAUUGGCUCCUAAACGUACCUCCAAUAAAGACCGUCAUAAAAAAGUUGAUGGCCGUGGUCGUAGGAUCCGUAUGCCUGCUCUCUGUGCUGCUCGUGUCUUUCAAUUGACUCGUGAAUUAGGCCAUAAGACUGAUGGCGAAACCAUCCAGUGGCUUCUUCAACAAGCUGAGCCUUCUAUAAUCGCCGCCACUGGCUCCGGUACCAUCCCUGCCUCUGCCCUCCACGCCGCUGGUGUUUCUCUCUCCGACCAUGAUUCCUCUGUUUCCGUCUCUGCUACCUUAACCCCUAAAAUCGAUGCUGUUCCCAGGCCGAAUUGGGCGAUGAUGGGAACUAAUUUGAACAGAUCUCACAUGGCGACAACUGGAUUUUGGCCGUCUUUAGGUGGAAUUGGGACUGGAUUCGUCAGUGAGAAUCCGGGUUCGAUUAUGCCUAAAUUUGGGUUCCAUGGAUUUGAAUUUCAGGGGAUGAAUUUGGGAUCGGUGAAUUUUCCGACGAUAAUUGGGAAUCAACAUCAACAAAUACCAGGGUUGGAGUUAGGGCUUUCGCAGGAUGGGAAUAAUCUGAGAGGGAUGUUGAAUCCGCCUUCUUAUUCACAAAUUUAUCACCAAAUAGGGCAAAAUCGGGACUCAUCUGCACCGCCAUUGCAGCAGGAACAAGCUCCUGAGAAAGACGAUUCUCAAGAAUCGAGAUGAUGAUGAUGAUGAAGAAAGAAUUGAGGAUUUGGGUUUUCCGAUCGAAACAGUUUCGGAUUUCUAGGUCUAAAAUUAGCACUAAAUUGAAAGAGAGGGCAAAAUGAAGAAGACAAAGAUUCAAGAUUGCUUCAUAAAUUUCAGUGUGUGUUUUCAUUCUUCAAAUUCAGGUGGGAAGUUUUGAGGAGAAAGUGGUUUUUAUUGCAAGAUUGAUUGACUUUCCUUUCUUCAAUUUUGAGGUGUGUGUAUGAUUUCUUUCUUUUUUUUUUUUUUUUUUUUUUUUUUUUUUUAUUUUCUAAUUUUCCUUUAUUUAUAUAAAUAAUUUCUAGAAAAGAAAAAAAUGAUUGUAAUAUUAAUUUUUAUGAAGUUGAUGUGGAAAUUUCUUCCAUCAUUAUUGCAUUAAAUGCAUGGUAAGGUAAGAAGAAACAACAAUCUAUCCAUUGGAAAAUUGUGGUCAAUAUGGAGAGCAAAUACCAAUUCCAUCAACCUCCAUAAUUGUCCAAUAAUUUGAAUGAUCAGAUAUUAGUACCCCUUUUUUUUUCACA